AGGCUAUCAGUCGAUUUGUUGUAUCGCUGUCAAAGAUUGCUUUGGGAACGAAAUAUUAAUUUUCUAGACGUGUUGGAAUGUUGAAUUUAUUGGUCAUGAGUAAACUAUAGAAUAUAUUAUUCAUUGUUGAUUGGUAUAACUAAGGUGGGGUGCAUAUAUUCCAAAAUUUUAUUUUACUAAACACUUGGUUACAAGAGAGGUUAUGUUUUACCAUUUUAUGUGAUUAUUAUUUAGUUAUUUGUUGAGAUUUGGUUUCGCCAAAAUGAGUGAAGAAGAUAUGGCAGGUGCUAGUAAGGAAUUGGAUCCGUCCAAACCUUCUCCACAUGUUGGAUCUUAUGGUUCUGUGGGAUCAUGGAUUUAUUCCUUGGCGAAAAAGAUUAUUGUCGUUGGAACUGUUUAUUUUGUAGGAUAUAUGGGCUGGUCUGUGGCAUGGCUAAUAGCUCCACUGUUUCUUUCUGUUGCUCGUGACGAGUGGCGGAAGGAAAGUGAUAUGAGGAGAAAUAUUGCCAAAGCUUCAGCUCUAGCAAGUGAAAAAGAUGUGAUUUUAGCUCGGCUUGAUGAUUUACCAGCUUGGGUAUUUUUCCCAGAUAUUGAAAGAGCUGAAUGGUUAAACAGGAUUCUUCGACAAGUCUGGCCUAAUGUGAACCAUUAUGCUCGUGGCCUAAUAAAAGAUAGUAUUGAACCUUCCGUUGCUGCUGCUCUUGCUAAAUACAAACUCCAUGGCUUUAAAUUUGAUCGUUUAAUUCUUGGAACUAUUCCUCCCAGAAUUGGUGGUGUUAAAGUAUAUGAUCGAAAUGUUGAUAGGAAUGAAGUUAUAAUGGAUAUGGAUAUAUUUUAUGCUGGUAAUUGUGAUAUAACUUUUGUUUUGGGAGGAAUUAAAGGAGGAAUAAGAGAUUUUCAGAUACAUGGCAUGGUACGAGUAGUUUUGAAGCCUUUGAUAUCUAAAAUACCAUUAUUUGGAGGUAUUCAAGUAUUUUUUUUGAAUAAUCCAAGUAUUGAUUUUAAUUUGGUUGGAGUUGCCGACUUAUUGGAUAUGCCUGGCCUAAGUGACUUGUUGCGACGUAUUAUUGUGGAACAAGUAGCUGCUAUGAUGGUUUUGCCAAAUAAAAUGGCUAUUCAGAUGAGUGAUGAAAUACCCGCACAGACACUGAAAAUGCCAGAACCUGAGGGCGUGCUACGAAUCCAUGUUGUUGAAGCUAAACAUUUAAUGAAGAAGGAUAUUGGAGUUCUGGGAAAAGGCAAAAGCGAUCCCUAUGCUAUUGUUACUGUUGGAGCACAAGAAUUUCGCACACAAACAAUUGAUAAUACAGUCGAUCCAAAGUGGGACUAUUGGUGUGAGGGCGUUUUGGAGUCGAAAGGUCAGACAUUAUUCCUUCAACUAUUGGACAAAGAUGAUAUCUCUAAAAAGGAUGAGAGUCUUGGAAGAGCUACUGUUGAAGUUAACAGCGUUGCAAAGAAAGGUCAAAUCGAUACGUGGCUCACAUUGGAGCAAGCUAAACAUGGAAUGGUUCAUUUACGUAUGACUUGGUUGACUUUAACUAGCAAUCCAAAUGAUUUACAGGCCGCUUUAGAAGAAACGCAACUAUUGAGGGUUACUUCAAUGAGUACUGCACUUUUGACCAUUUUUAUUGACAGUGCCAAGAACUUACCACAAGCUCGUGUUCAAAGUAAACCUGAUCCCUACGUUGUUGCAAGUGUCGGUAAAAAUUCCGAACAAACUCAGGUGCAAAUGCGCACUGAUUGCCCUGUUUGGGAACAAGGAUAUACAUUCUUGGUUGCAAAUCCUGAUAAUGAUGGUGUUUAUCUGAAGAUUGUUGAUCACAAAACCGGCAAUGAAAUAGGAAAGUUUGCAUACGCUCUCUCUGGUUUAUUAGAAUUGCCAAAUAUGCAAAUUGAAAAUGAACCGUUUACCUUGCAAAAAUCGGGACCUGAAUCAAAAAUUAUUUUGAGCAUGAGUUUAAGAAUCUUGAAAUAUGAUGGGCCAGUAGCGUCUUCUGACGUAUCAGAAUCCGGAGAUGGUGAUGCUGUUGAACAGGGAAAUUUGUCCAGAAGUAGCUCUGUGAGAAGCAGUCAUAAGAAAUCCGAUUCGUCUUCAGACAAAGCGCCUCCAAGUCCUGCACAUUCUAUCAGAAAGCAAGAUUCGAUAAGAUCCAACAAAGCUCCAAUUGCUCUGGACGAGGAACUGGAACCUUUAGUAGAAAAGACUGAAGCACCAACAUACGUUGAAUCUAUCCCCGGUUCACCAAAGUUGAGCGGUUUAGUUCACAGAACACCUUCCGUCACUUCAACAUCUGGCGCACACGACUUGGGACGUAUCCAGUUGACAUUGCGAUACAGCGUUCAACGCCAAAGAUUGGUAGUUAUUGUUCAUAAAAUUAUGCAUAUUCCGUUGAAGGAUCCAUCUAAUAUUCCUGAUCCUUACGUUAAAUUGUAUCUGUUACCAUCGCGCUCAAAAGACUCAAAGCGAAAGACUGCUGUGAUAAAAGAUAAUUGUAACCCAGUUUUUGAUGAAUCAUUCGAAUACAUAAUUUCUCAAGGAGAAUUGUCGACGACGCAAUUGGAAGUGACGGUAGCUACGCAGAAAGGAUUUUUAUCGGGAGGUAGUCCUGUGAUCGGUCAAGUGAUUUUAGAUCUGAACGAUUACGAUUUAUCUCAAGCUUCAACCCAUUGGCUGGAUCUAUGCCCAGAAUUUAAGUCAUAAAUGUGGAUCAUUGCUUUCGAAUUUUAAUCAAAACAUGCGUAUGCUAUUAAAUUAAAUGUGUUUUUCUACCUUUAAUUUUUGCUUCUACAGUUUAUAUUUAUGUUUGUUAUUUUUAGGUAUAAAUAUACGCUUUAUUUUGUUAUUUUAUAAAAGAUUUUUAUCAAUAUUUAAUAAUGCUUUUAUAUUACAAAUGAUACUUUUGUGUUGCACAAAUUUGGUAUAUAGAUGUAUAUACUGUACUAAUAUUUAUUUUUUCAACAUAAAUUUUCUUUUGACAUGUGCCUUACAUUCUAGAUUAUUUCAAUUAUCUUUAAUACGUACUUAAUCUUAAAACUUCAUUAUGC